AUGUCCGUCACUACCCAAGCCACCAUCGCCAACUUCGGCGGUAAGCUUCUCAAGCUUGCUCACAAUGCCUCCACCACUGGCUGCGAGAUGAAGUUCAACCUGUUCCUUCCUCCUCAAUCUGCAAACAGCAAGGUCCCGCUGCUGAUAUGGCUCUCUGGGCUCACAUGCACUGGUGACAAUUGUUCCGAAAAGGGAUUCUUCCAACACGGUGCUAGCAAGAAGGGCAUCGCCGUCUUGUACCCUGACACAAGUCCAAGGGGUAUUGGUAUCCAAGGCGAGGACGAUGCCUACGAUUUCGGUACCGGCGCAGGUUUCUACGUCGAUGCUAGCGCCGACCCUUGGUCCAAGAACUACAAGAUGUACUCAUAUAUCACUGAAGAACUCCCCAAAACCGUCUUCGAAGCCUUCAAAGACCAGAUCGAUUCCAGCAGAGUCAGCAUCAGUGGACACAGUAUGGGAGGCCAUGGCGCCCUGUCCCUAUACCUGAAGAACCCGGGAAAAUACAAGAGUGUCAGCGCCUUUGCUCCCAUUGCCAAUCCCCUCAAGUGCCCCUGGGGUGAGAAAGCGUUCAAAGGUUAUUUCGGUGACGACUGGCAAAAACUGGGAGCCCAGCAUGAUUCGACAGAAUUGAUCAAACAGUGGAAAGGCGGGCCCCUUGACAUUUUGAUUGACGUGGGCACUGGUGACAAUUUCUACAAACAAGGACAGCUUCUCCCCGAAAAUUUCACCGCGGCCGCAAAGGAAAUUGGGCAAGAGAACGGAGUCCAUGUCAGGUUCCAGCCAGACUAUGACCACAGCUACUACACAAUGGCGACCUUCGCGGAUGAUCACAUUGACCAUGCCGCGAAGUACUUGUUUGCAUAG